AUUCUAGUUCACUGGUAGGGUCAUUCUAGAGUACGCCGAGUGCAACAUCGACGUACAAUUUUUUGUUUAAAGAAGCGUGUUUCUUUGACGUUCUCUAAUUUAGGAUCACUUGAAGAAAUUAUCUUUUCCUUUGUCUUUCUCAAUCUCCUUUAGGAUUUUAAGAAGGAAGGUUCCCCAUUACUAGGAUCAUAAACAAAUAUAUCUAUAUAAUUACAGCAGUGGUCAUAGCAGAACCUUGUGAGCCUUCCAGUUAUGUCCUCUGGAAUUUAUUAUAAAGGACUUCAAUGUUGGAUUCCUGAUAAAGAACGGCAGUGGUCACCCGGAAUAGUUAAAAGCUGCUCAAUUGAAUCAAAUAAAGCAAAAUUAAUUGUUGAAGAUGAAGAUGGCAAUGAGUCAACAUUCUCUGCUAAACCAGAGGAUUUAGAAGAGGAAGGGAAAAACGGAUUACCAUUUUUACGGUCCAGUCUUUCUGAUCCAGAUGACUUAACGAAUCUAGCAUAUUUAAACGAACCGUCUGUCCUUGAUGCAUUACUGACCAGAUACAAUCAAUUGCAAAUCUAUACCUACUCAGGCAUUGUAUUGAUUGCUUUGAACCCUUUUCAGUCUUUACCAAAACUUUACACUCCUGAGGUUGUUCGCGUUUAUUCCGAAAAAUCUAGAGACCAGCUUGAUCCGCACUUGUACGCUAUAGCCGAAGACAGCUUCAAAUGUAUGAAUCGAGAAAGAAAGAAUCAGACAAUUAUCAUUUCCGGUGAAUCUGGUGCUGGUAAAACUGUUUCAGCUCGUUACAUUAUGCGCUAUUUUGCGUCUGUGCAAACCCUGAGUGAUCCUAGUAGUACCGCUAAUGUAGAUUCAGAUUCAGUGCAGCUAACGGCUGUUGAAAACGAAAUUUUAGCUACCAAUCCCAUUAUGGAAGCCUUUGGUAAUUCUAAAACUUCUAGAAACGAUAACUCAUCCCGUUUCGGAAAAUAUAUUCAAAUCAUGUUUGACAAAAAUUCUAUUAUCAUAGGUGCUAAAAUUCAGACCUAUCUAUUAGAACGUUCACGUUUAGUUUUCCAACCAAAGUCUGAACGAAACUAUCACAUAUUUUAUCAAUUACUAGCAGGCGCUUCGCCAGAACAAUUAGAAGAAUGGAAUCUUUCUGCCGAUGUUAAUGAUUACAAUUACUUGCGACAAGGUGAAUCGCCUACAAUCGAUGGUGUUGAUGACGCUAAGGAGUUCCAAGAAACAGUAAACGCGCUCAAGAUGGUAUCAAUCAAUAGCGAUACGUCGAAAAGUAUUUUCAGUAUGUUAGCAGCGUUAUUGCACGUUGGCAACAUAGAGAUAAAGGGUUCUAGAAAUGAUUCAUAUAUUGAUUCCAAGAAUGAGCAUUUGCUGAAUGCUUCAAAAUUAUUGGGUGUUGACUCGAGUACUUUCAUUAAAUGGUUGACUAAACGGAAGAUUAAGAUGGCUUCAGAGGGUAUCAUAAAACCUUUAACUGAUUAUCAAGGAUUGGUAGUUCGUGACUCUGUUUCCAAAUUUUUGUAUGCAUCAUUAUUUGAUUGGCUUGUCGCUACCAUAAAUACUGCCUUGAUGAAUUCGGCAGUAAAGCAAAAUCAAAUUUCUGAAAGCUUUAUUGGUGUACUAGAUAUUUAUGGAUUUGAACAUUUUGAGAAGAAUUCGUUUGAACAAUUUUGCAUAAAUUAUGCCAACGAAAAACUUCAACAAGAAUUUUAUAAACAUGUUUUCAAACUUGAACAGGAUGAGUAUGCUAAUGAAGGCCUCAAUUGGUCUUACAUUGAUUACCAAGACAAUCAACAGUGCAUUAGUAUGAUAGAAAAUAGAAUGGGAAUACUCUCACUUUUAGAUGAGGAAUGCCGAAUGCCUACAAAUAGCGACGAAAAUUGGGUCACAAAAUUGAACGAUGCUUUUGAUAAACCCGAAUUUAAGAACAGUUAUAAAAAAGCUAGGUUUGGCAACAACUCUUUCACUGUUAGGCAUUAUGCCCUUGACGUAACUUAUAAUGCUGAAGGAUUUAUUGAGAAAAAUAAAGAUACUAUAUCAGAUGAAUUGAUUGAUCUUUUCAGUGAAUCUUCAGUUCCAUUCAUCAAAGAUCUGGUACAAUUUCGGUUGCAACAAACUGCUUCCCAGGAUUCUGGAGGAUCGAAUAAUAAAAGGUCCAAAUCAAAGCCAAAGAGCAAUACCUUGGGUUCGAUGUUUAAGAAUUCCCUCAUUAGUCUUAUGGGUACAAUCAAUGAGACUAACGCUCAUUAUAUUCGAUGCAUAAAACCUAAUGAACAAAAGGAGGCCUGGAAGUUUGAUAAUGUAAUGGUCACAUCUCAACUCAGAGCUUGCGGUGUUUUAGAAACCAUCAAGAUAUCAUGCGCUGGUUUUCCAUCACGAUGGACCUUCGAAGAUUUCGUUUCCCAAUAUUAUAUGCUUGUUCCUUCGGCUGAUCGGUCUGACAAUCCUUUGACUUUUACGACUGCCAUUUUGAGUAAGACCAUUGACUCGGCCAAAUAUCAGAUUGGUAAAUCUAAAAUCUUUUUCCGAUCUGGUGUUACUCCACAACUGGAGGCUGCAAAGGAUCGAGCUUUAAAACAUGCUGCUCAACUUCUCUACGACGCGUUCGCUACAAACUACUAUCGUACACGAUUCCUCAAUUUACGGAAACGUGUAUCCCGUUUUCAAGCAAUGGCUCACGGUUACCUGAGUCGUCGUACCACUCAGGCUGAAAUAUUCUCAAAAAGUAUUACAAUCAUUUCAUCAUUAUGGAAAACCCAUGUAGAAAGAAGAAAGUUUUUAGAGGCCAAGGCAUCCAUUCUUUUCCUUCAAUCGGCUGUUCGUGGUUUCCUUUUUCGUAGAAACCAACGAGUAGGUAGAAUGGAACAAGCCGCUGCUUCCAUUAAAAACGUUUGGAAAACUCAUCGUGAACGACAGUCUUUUAUGAAGUUGAGACACUGUACAAUACGGAUACAAUCAUUGAUACGAAUGAAACAUGCCAUGCGUCAGCUUGUUGAGCUUCGUAUAGAAUCUAAAAAGGCAAGUCACUUUAAACAGGUGUCAUAUAAAUUAGAAAGCAAACUGUUUAAUAUGACAAAGAAAUUAGAUGAAUCGGAGCAAGAAAAUACGAAGCUUAAAGAUAGAAUAUUUGAAUUGGAGUCACAUUUGUCAAAUUACGCAGAAGCUACUUUGUCAAAGGAGCGCGAAUUAGAGCAGACACACGUACUGCUAUCAGAUCAUUCUCAAGAUCAAGAGUACAAGUUGGCUUUAUCUGAAAAAGAAAAGGAAUUGUCUGAUUUACGAAGUUUCAUCAACCGAUAUAAGGAUGAUAAUCAAGAGUUACUUCGUAUGAACACCACUUUAAAAGCCCAACUGGGAAAAGAUGCAGACGUUAUAUCAUCUCAGACUGCUGAAAUUAAAGAAAAAAAUAAAAUAAUAGCAAAAUUAACGAAGGCUUCUAAAGUUCUUAAUUCUAGUUUUGGCUCUGAACAAACUCGCGUGUCAGAAGAAAAAUCUAGACGAGAUAGUUCAUUGAUGGAAAUGCGUACCCAAAAAGAAUUGCUAAUUUUACUCAUGAACGAUGGAUUAAAGCACGACUUGGAUAAAUUGACAGAAUUUGCUGGAAAAACGUAUGUUUGGGAUAAAACUGUCGAGUUGCUUAAUAAAAAAGAGCAAGACGAAAGUAAACCACAUUUAUUUUUGGCUAAAGCAUUAUUCAUUAUAAUUUCACAGAUGUGGAAAACUAAUUUAUCCCAAGAAAGUGUUGCUUUAAUUGAACGUUAUUGCGUCCAUAUACUGGAAUAUAUUUCUCAGAGGACACAAAUCAGAAGAGAAAUACGUGCAGAUAUGGGUUUCUGGAUUGCCAAUACCCAUACUUUGCUUUAUCUCGUUCGCACAAAGCUGUAUGGACUUAAGAGGUCGUCCUCCUUAACUUUAUCGUUUAGUGAAUCGUACGAUGCAAUUCAUACAGUGUUCGACAUGUUAGAUUCACACUUGUCAAAAAUUGUUUCUAUGUGGAUUGAUCAAAUCACCGCUGCUUUAAGGCCUCUGAUCGUCGAUGGAAUCAUUGUUAGCGGUAACCAAAUUGAUAAAGGGGAAAAAAGGCUGAUUCCAAGAGUUUUCGAUAAAGACGUGAAGUCAAUUGAACAUAUACUGCAUAUUCUCAAUGAAGUACACGAUUCUUGCCAAACUUACCGAGUGAGUUUAGCUAUAUUCGCAUGCGUGAUAUCCAGUCUUUAUCGAUUUAUAGACGUUGAGGCAUUUAAUGCCUUAAUGACUAAGGAAAAAGGUAGCUGGAAGCGCGGUGUGAAUAUGUCGUAUAACUUUUCUCGUUUACGAGAGUGGUGUACGCACCGAGGGGUUGUAGAGGCUACGCUUCAACUGGAAGAAAUUAGUCAGGCUUCAAAAUUUUUGCAAACAUGUAUGAAUAAGCAGAAGAUUCUGGAUAAUGUAUCCUUGCUAUGGAUUUUGAAUAUGCAACAAUUAAGAAAAUUGUUAGACAAGUAUGUUGCAGAAACCUACGAAUCAAAAGUACCCAAGAAGGUUAUGGAUGAACUGUCUAAUAUGGCACGAGCAGAAGGACUUGAUCGGCCUGAAACAAUCACAUAUGACAAAGUGAUAUACGAGUUAAAUGAUACUUUUGAGGAAGAGCCUUCUCUUGAGCAGGUUACCAUUCCUGUUGAAUGCAAAGUUACGUAUAUCCAACGAGUUAUAGAUCUUGCUAGUGCCGAGGAGAGCUUUGACCAAGCGUUGUUAACGUUGCACGAUAAUUCAGUGGAGUCGAAUCCAUUUGAAAACCAGGAGAAUGAAUUGCGUGAAAUUGGUAAUGGAGUGAAGGCUGAGUAAGGACUCUGUCUCAAAAAGUGAGUAUAUGCAACUAUUUAUGAUGAGUCCUUUCAAGGAUGUUGAUGAAGAAAAGGAAUUACGAUAGACUCGGGUUAUCUUUUAUUUUAAUUAAAGUACAUUCUUAAUAAUGACCUGCUUAUGUUAUCUUUAUUUUAUUACUUUUCACUGACUUUCUUGUAUAGUAGUAUUCAGACGUAUAAUUAUCAAAAAAAGCCUUUUAAGGAUACAACAAAUUCAAAAAUGAAGAGAUAGGCAUUCUAUUCUAUUCUCCUUCUAAAAACAAAAAAAAUUCCAAAAACAAGAAAAAAAAUCUAGAUUAACUUAAACUAUAAAAGUAUUUUCUAAACAUAUACAUAAC